CCUAUCUGAGCUUUAGCUGGUACGUUCCAGCAUGAAACUUCUACCGUUUUGGUACCAAUCAACCGUUUUUCCAUUCGUACUCAUUAAGUUGGCUUUGCAAUCUUUCUCAUUCAUUGAUAGGUACACCCCGGUCUUGGAAGAGAUCAAAUCCAAAGUUGAGAAUGGGCAGCUCCCAAACAUUGAAGAAGACCAAGGAAUUCCACCCUUGCCAAAAGAGAAUAGCACGGUCCAUAUCGAUGACAAAUUCGAGACCUGUUGGAAACAGGAACUAAAAUACCACCCCCACGAUCCAAGCUUAACACGAGCGCUUACGAAGGCAUUUUUACGCCCAUACAUUGUCGCUUGCCUAUUGUCUACUACUGGAACCGCUGCAAAUUUUGUUGGACCAAUGGUACUACAAAUGAUUAUUCCAUAUUUGCUAGAUCCAUCAGCUUCUCUGACAUACGGUUUGUCAUUGACACUUGCUCUCUUCUUGGCGCAAAUUGCAAACAGCUUGUGCACCAGACAAGCGUCGUACAUUACUCUUCAAGUUGGAAUUCGUGUCCGAACAGCGUUGGUGUUUGCAAUAUUUAAGAAGUCUUUGCAAAUUGACUCCUUUUUUUACAGAGAUCACCCGAUCGGGCAAAUUUCAAACAUGAUGGGUACCGAUGUGGGUAAGAUUGUUAUGCUUUCAGAGUAUGCGAUUCAAGGUAUUUCUGCACCGGUAACGAUGGUUUUGGCUGUUUUUUACUUGUGGCAGCUUCUGAGCUUCGCGAGUCUAGGUGGAAUAUUCUUCAUUAUCCUCAGUGUUCCUUUGACAGCUAAUAUAACAAAGCGGAUGGGAAAACUAAUGAUGGGCCUUAUGAAGGUCAAGGACGAUCGAGUUAAUUGUAAUCAAGAAGUUCUGACAAACAUGAAGACCGUCAAACUUCAAGCCUGGGAAGACUCUUUUCGAAGCAAAACUGAAGAUUUAAGAAAAUUAGAAAUCGAUCAGUUGUGGAGAUACAAAAUAGCCGGCUCAAUUUUUGGUGUGGUGAGUAGUGCAAUUCCAAUGAUGGUUGCCGUCUCAUCUUUUGGAAUCUACGUUACGAUUCUGGGGCAUAGCAUGGAUGCCGCAACGGCUUUGACGUCCAUUUCAGUUUUCAAUCUUUUGAGCUUUCCGCUGGGUAUUUUUCCUUUUAUAUUGAAUCUUGGCGUAGAAGCAAACGUGUGCCUUGAGCGUAUUCAAAAGUUUUUGAUAGCACCUAACGUGGAGCGAGUGCGUAGAUUGACAGACGAAGAUCGCAACGAAAGCGCUGGUGACGCUUGUGUUGCCAUUGACAUAAUGAAUGCGACGUUUAGCUACCAUGGAUUCAGUAAGAAUGGAGAUGGUUCAAAGAAACUUAGCAUUAGAAGCAAACUUGGUCAGAAAGAAGAGGAAUUACUAUUGGCUAAGGCAAUGCUUUCAGAUGUGGAGGAACAUUUAGCCAAAUUGGAAGGCCGGACUUCUUGUCAAUAUGGAACAGCCAACACUGAUGGUGGACUUUCAGAUGAUUUCAACGAUGGGUUCAAAAAUAUUCUACCUUUGAGACGAAUUAGCUUUAAAUGCAACGAGGGCGAUUUUAUCGCCGUUGUCGGAGAAGUUGGUUCUGGAAAGACAACGUUAUUGAAGUCAAUCUUGGGAGAAGUCCAAAAAGUAUCAGGAGAGUUAGGAGUGCGAGGUACCAUUGCUUACUUCAGUCAAAAUCCUUUUAUUAUGAACGACACUGUGAAGGGAAAUAUUUUGUUUGGAAAGAGCUCCGAAAACAUAGAUCACGACUUGUACAAGGUCGCUGUCAAAUCAGCUUGCUUAGAACAUGAUUUGAAAUUGUUGUCCGCUGGGGACCAAACUGAAAUCGGAGAAAAAGGAGUCAAUCUGAGGUGAGAACUUUUGACUACGAGGUGCCAUUUUGCGAUUCCUUUUGUUUUGGGCAUUGGAAUUAUUCAGCAAUGCAAUAUGUGACUCAGAAGUCGAUUCUAAACGUUUAUUCAUCUCAUUAGUGGCGGCCAAAAGGCCAGGGUUGCAAUUGGAAGAGCUGUAUAUAGAGAUGCGGAUAUAUCGCUAUUAGAUGAUUGUUUGAGUGCUGUUGAUGCCCAUGUGGGGCGUGACUUAUUUGACAAAUGCAUCGUUGAUGUUCUUUUGAAGGAUAGAAUCAAAAGAGGAAGAAGAAAGAAGAGGACUGUUGUCCUGGUCACGAAUGCACUUCAGUAUUUGAGUCACCCAAAGGUUGAUCGGAUCGUGGUUUUGAAGGAUGGUUUGAUUGCUGAGUCUGGCACUUAUGACACUUUAGUUAACACCGAUGGUUCUGUUUUUAGGUCCAUGUUGGAUACUUUCAAAGACUCAAUGGAACAAGAAAACGAUACCGAUGUUGACGAAGACGAGCUUAUCGAGGAGGAAAUUCUAUCAGAUCUUUUACACGAUCUAAAUGACCUCGAGCACGUAGAAGAAAGAAGAAGAUCUUCCAUCCUAUCUAGAAGUUCAUCAAGUCGUAGAGUGACUUCAAGAAGAUCGUCAAGUUGUAGAAUGUCUUCGAGAAGAUCAGUUGAAGGUCCCAAAAUCGUAGGAAAGGGAACGACGCUGACGACUAGUGAAGCUGCGGAGAGUCAGAUAGGAAAGGUUGAAUGGAAAGUCUACAGUGCGUGGGCAAAGGCUGCAGGCGGUGUUUGGGUUGUCAUACCGUUGUUCCUAGCCUUCAUAGCUCAACAAGGAUUGGAUUUCCUUCAAAGGUUUUGGCUGACUCAAUUCUGGGGAACUAGCGGAGCAAAGGACAUGGGUAGUCAGCUCUUUUAUUUGUCAGUAUAUACGCUUCUCUAUCUUACUGGCAUAGCGGUUAAUUUCUUGAAAUCGAUUAUGCCAGUACUUUUCGGAUUGAAGGCCUCCAAAAAAGUAAGUUCUAUGCUGUCUCUAGUUCUUUAUUUCGUUUUCAUUUGCUUUCUACAACUCACAGCCGUAUUUCAUCACCUUGCACAAGUUUUUCUCGGCUUUGUUGGGUUCAAUGUUGACUGCUCCCAUGUCCUUUUUCGAUACCACGCCUACUGGACGUCUCGUGAAUCGAUUUAGCAAAGGUAAGUCACUCGGGUGUCUGAGUUACUUACGACAAAGAAUACGAGAUGAUUCAUACAAUACAGCACUCACCUUUGCGAAUUGCAACGUUAGAUAUCAAUACGGUUGACGAGACUUUAGUUUCAAACUUCAAGAAUUUCGCAGGUACGAUGUUCAGCAUAGCAACUUCGAUUGCAGUUAUGGUGUCAACAAUUCCACUAGCGUCUAUCAUACUUCCAUUUCUAGGUGCAUAUUACAAGCAACAGCAUACUUAUUUCAGUCGAAGUAAUAGAGAACUAAAGCGAAUUGAUUCAACAUCCCGGAGUCCCAUUUACAGCCUCUUCGGGGAAGCUUUGAAUGGUUAUGGGUGAGUUUUUCCAAAUAUUGUUUUCGUGCUGGUUACAUUUUGAUUCGUGUACACGAAGUACAGCGAUUGCCUUCUCAUCAACCGUCUAUCAACUGUCUAUCAAUGUGUUCUAUAUUGCUUCACUUGACUGUAAUUUGUUUUCUGCUUAUUCUAGCACAAUUCGUGCCUUUGAAGCUGGACCAGCGCUGUCAUCUCGCAUGUCCAACUUUAUUGAUAGACAACAGCAUGCAUACUAUUUAUUGAGAGUGGGAACUUACUGGCUUGCAAUCAGACUUGAAUUCAUCGGAACCUUGUUAAUUGCGUUUGGUUGCCUUGGUUUUGUGCUUCAUAAGCAUGCCAGCACCACUGUUGACGAAGUCUUUGCCAGUAUGGCCGGUUUGGCAUUAUCAUAUCUUUUGACUACCACAUCUAACUUGGUUUAUGCUAUCCGUUUGUCUAGUGACUUUGAAGCCAGCUUGGUUUCCGUGGAACGCAUACAACAAUACAUAGAGGUAGAAAAGGAAGCACCUCAUCACAAUCCAACAGACGUGUUGUUGGACAACGAAUGGCCAUCGAAAGGGUCCAUAAAAUUCGAUGAUUAUAGACUAAGGUACAGACCUGGUCUUCCCUUAGUACUGAAAGGACUAAAUAUCACCAUACCAAGUCAAGCAAAGGUCGGAAUCGUUGGCAGAACCGGUGAGUUCUGUCAUUUGUUGCUCGCAUAUGAUUUCGUCAUUUGUCUGAUUGCAACUCAUCUAAAAUUUGUUUUCUGAUUCUUGUAGGCGCUGGAAAGUCAACUUUGA